AUGACGGAUGACAAGCAGUGUAUACUGGUACAGGCGGCAGAUGCUGGAGAUCUCCAAACCAGUAGAAGACGACACCCCAGGAGCGAGAAAAUAGCCUCCAACAUGAUGUCAAGCAAGUCCAGUCUGCAGCUAUCUACCGGUACCUUCAUUGACGCCCUCCAUGGCACGAUUCUCUUUUCCAUUGACCAAGCAGUCUUUGGUUGUGUCCUGUUGGAAAAGAAGGGUUGGCUGGAAAGUACUGUAGUAAAAAGUUUAAUGUGCACCAACAGUGGAAUCUCUUUCGUACUGGAACAGCCCAGCCACAGGGGUGGUGGUGCUCGGAGAUUGCUCCAUAUUACUGGAGUACUUGGCAGUCGCAGCAAGUAUAUGGCUGCAGUGUUGCUACUAGUACGAGCAGCAAGAAGCCUCUACCGUGCGUGCUGGCUAGUAGCCACCUUGCAGCCAGGGCGAAUGACUAGACUACUAUGGCCAUACCGGUAG